AUGGGCUCAACGAAUUUCGUUGUUGAUCCCAAGUGGAAGGCUCCUGUGGUCCGGGACACCUUCAUCAAGUUCUUUGUAGCAAAGAACCACACUUUUGUCCCGUCCUCUCCAGUAGUGCCACUCUCAGACCCUACCCUGCUGUUCACCAAUGCUGGCAUGAACCAGUUCAAACCCAUCUUCUUGGGCACCGUCGAUCCUAGCACCAAGGAAGGCAAGUGGAAGAGAGUCGUCAACUCGCAGAAAUGCAUUCGUGCUGGCGGAAAGCACAACGAUCUCGACGAUGUUGGCAAAGACUCGUAUCAUCACACUUUCUUUGAGAUGCUUGGUAAUUGGUCAUUUGGUGACUACUUCAAAGAAGAGGCCAUCAAGUUCAGCUGGGAGUUGCUGACCGACGUCUACAAGCUGCCGGCUGACCGCCUGUAUGUGACAUACUUCGAGGGCAACAAGGCUAUGGGACUUGAACCAGAUCUCGAAGCCAAGCAGUUGUGGAAGAAGGUUGGCGUGCCUGAUGAUCACAUUCUGCCAGGUGACAUGAAGGACAACUUCUGGGAGAUGGGUGACCAAGGUCCAUGUGGUCCCUGCUCCGAGAUCCACUACGAUCGUGUCGGUGGUCGCAACGCUGCUGACCUGGUCAACAAAGACGACCCUCUGGUCAUCGAGGUCUGGAACAACGUCUUCAUUCAGUACAACCGAGAGCCAGACAAGAGCUUGCGACCUCUGCCAAACAAGCACGUCGACACUGGUAUGGGCUUCGAGCGUCUGGUCAGUAUUCUUCAAGACAAGAAGAGUAACUACGACACCGAUGUUUUCACACCUCUAUUCGCUCGCAUCCAGGAGAUCACCGGUGCUAGACCGUACGCUGGCAAAUUCGGCGAAGAGGAUACUGACGGUGUCGACACCGCUUAUCGUGUCGUCGCUGAUCACGUGCGCCUGCUCACCUUCGCCAUUACUGAUGGUGGCUACCCCAACAACGAAGGUCGUGGUUACGUUGUUCGUCGAGUGCUACGUCGUGGCGCCCGAUACGCUCGCAAGUACUUCAACGUUCAGAUUGGCGACUUCUUCUCCAAGAUCAUCCCAACUCUGCUCGAUCACAUGGGCGAGAUGUUCCCCGAGAUCCUUUCCAAGAAGCAAGAUGUCAUCGACUCCCUGAACGAAGAAGAAUUGUCAUUCGCCAAGACUCUUGAUCGUGGUGAGAAGCAGUUCGAGAUCUAUGCUGCCAAGACCAAGCAGAAGGGCUUGACUCAGCUCAGUGGUGCUGAUGCUUGGAGACUCAAUGACACCUUCGGUUUCCCGAUUGACUUGACCCGCAUCAUGGCUGAAGAUGCCGGUCUCACCAUUGAUGACAACGAGUUCGAAACUGCUCGACAGCAGUCUAAAGAGGCUAGCAAGGGCCAGAAGAAGGAGGGUAGCGAUCUGUUGAAGCUGACUGUCCAUUCUCAAAAUGUCUUGGAGGAGGAGCUCAAGGUCACCACGACCGAUGACUCUGCUAAGCACGGUCGCGAGAACAUCAACGGCAAGAUCCUGGCUAUUCUGCACGGUGAGAACUUCCAUGACUCGACCAGCUCAAUACCUGAAGGCGACCAAGUCGGUGUCAUCUUGGACAAGACCAAUUUCUAUGCCGAGCAGGGUGGUCAGGAGUUCGACACCGGUCACAUCAUCAUUGAUGGCCAAGCCGAACUCGAGGUCGUAAAUGUGCAAAAGGACGGUGGCUACGUUUUGCACAUCGGCUACAUGAAGUAUGGCAAGUUCAAUGUUGGUGACGUGGCCAUCUGUGAGUACGACGAGCUGCGCCGAAACCCUAUCCGCAACAACCACACCGGCACUCAUGUUCUCAACUUCGCUUUACGAGAGGUGCUUGGUGAUGGCAUCGACCAGAAGGGCUCGCUUGUCGCUCAGGAGAAGCUUCGCUUCGAUUUCAGUCACAAGGCUGCUGUUUCGAACGAAGAACUGAAAAUCAUCGAGGACAAGUCUACCGAGUACAUCCGCAAGAACGCUACCGUGUAUGCCAAGGACGUCCCGUAUGCCACCGCCAGAGAGAUCACAGGUCUUCGUGCUGUCUUUGGCGAGACAUAUCCCGAUCCAGUCCGUGUCGUAUCUAUUGGUGUCGAUGUUGACGAAAUCCUCAAGAACGUCAAGAACCCCGAGCUCAACAAGAUUAGCAUUGAGUUCUGUGGCGGCACACACGUUCGCAGCACCGGCGAUAUCAAAGAACUCGUCAUCAUUGAGGAGAGCGGCAUUUCCAAGGGCAUUCGACGCAUCGUUGCCGUCACUGGUGAGGAUGCCUACAAGGCUCAACACGUCGCCGGCGAGUUUUCCGAGCGUCUCGACAAGAUCGCCAAGAUGCAAUUCGGUCCCGACAAAGAGCAAGAGGCCAAGAACGCCCAGCUCGACCUCAACGGCCUGGAGAUCUCCGCUCUUCGCAAGUCAGAAUUCAGAGUUCGCUUCGAAUCGAUUAAUAAGGAUAUCCUUGCCCAGCAGAAGAAGAUGCAGAAGGAGGAGACCAAGAAGGGCAUCGAUGCUGUUGUGCAAUACUUCGAGAAGAACAAGGACGCCAAAGCUGCUGUGGUCAAGUUGCCAAUUGCCGCCAACCAGCGUCUUCUGCCCGAUAUCAUCAAGCACGUCCAGCAGAAGAUGAAGGACAAGUCAGUGUACGUCUUGGCCUCUGAUGAUGCUAGCGUCGCUGAAGGACACGUCGUUCACGGUUGUUUUGUCGGUGUGGCUGGUGGCAAGGCCGGAAUGAGCUCUAACGAGUGGGCUGGCAAGGUGUCCGCCGUUGUGGGUGGUAAGCCCUUUGGCAAGGCUCCUACUUCCUAUGGAAGUGGAACAGGAACCAAGGAGGUGGAGGAGGCUUUGAAGGCCGCCACUGCCUACCUGGAGGGCUUCAAGCUAUGA